AUGCGAUUUCCCUUUGGCUGGGGAUUAACAGCGCAAAGUGUGCUCCGUCCGAGCAGCAGUUCUGGACUUGAAAAGUCUGCUCACUUUACUCCACGAGACUUUAUCGAGCUGGCCCGUCCUGGGGUUGGGGUCGCUAAUCACGCAGGAGAUUUGCUUUUUGUGGAAUCCACCAAAUUCUCAUUCGAAGCUAAACGGAAUGUUAAAUCUGUCUUUUUCGCCUCUCUGGACCUGCCGCAAGAAUUUGUGCAAGCUGAGCUCAGUGGUCAAAUAUUCUGGCUCGACGAUCGGACGGUAGCGCAUACUCUAGUGGGCAAGGAUGGUGUUUUGGAGCUUCAUAGUCUCAACGUCAACUCCUCAUUUGUGGACUCCCCCGUUUAUAUUGGCACCUUUCCAACUGCGACAGCCUCAAAUUUCCAGUAUUCCGAUGACACCCUCGUUUUCUCCGACCUUGUGUUUCCAGACGGGAAUCUCUCCGCGACGAGGGACAAUGAUCGUAAAUGGGCUAACCGUGGAACCACGGCGCUGGUUUACAACGAUGCCGAUAUCCGCUACUGGGACUCUUGGACGGGGCCAAAAUCACCCUCUCUUUUCAGUGUGGCGCUAGUUCGUGGGCCACAGGGCAAGUGGGCACUGGGCGACAAAUUCGAUAAUCUACUCGAAGGCACUGGACACGUCCCCGAGGGAUUCCACUUUUUGGAUAAUCGCGUCGUAUAUUCGAGUGGGCCAGUCAACUCGAACUCGUUACAACACCAGGCAAACGUCUAUAUGCUGCAUCUAUCGUCUCCCGGACACAGUGUACAGUUGUCUGAUGGAAACCAUUAUGACAGUAACCCGACAAUAAACGCCAAGAAUCCCCAAGUUGCAUGGAUGGAAACAGAAGACGAAAAUGGUAACUUUGGAAGAUCCACGAUUAUCGUGUAUGACACGGAGAAGAAAACCCGUCUGGAGCUUGGAGGCGACUGGGAUUUACAGCCGGAGACAAUCAAGUUCUCUCUGGAUGGAAAGGCACUUUAUAUCACGGGAGAAGAGCACGCAAGGGUCAAAAUAUUUGCCUUGUCCAUCUCAUCGACCGCACAUCCUGUGAAUUUAACCCACUCGGGUGUCGUUUCAGGCAUUCAACCGCUUUCCGAUGGGCGCAUCUUGUUCUCUAGAUCAUCCUUCAUCUCCCCUAACGAGGUUUUCCUUCUGACUGGCUUGGAUACACUUGAGAUGGCCUUGAAGUCUUCGGCAUCACCUCGGUUCACUGGAGAGAUUCAACAAAUCACGCAUAUCACCAAAGAUGCUCUGGCAGAGAAAAGUCUUGAUGGUGGCGAGGAGUUUUGGUUCAAAGGCGCGUUAAACAGGGAUGUUCAUGGUUGGAUAUUUAAACCACGUGGGUGGAAAACUGGCGCAAAUGAGAGACGCCAGUGGCCAGUCGCAAUGGUUGUCCACGGAGGGCCGUCCGGCUCCUGGUCCGAAAAGUGGUCCAUCCAUUGGAGUCCAAAUAUGAUGUCCGAACACGGAUAUUUUUCCAUCUGGAUGAAUCCAACUGGAAGCAUUGGCUUUGGAGCUGAGUUCACCGAUAGUAUCGUAAAUGAUUGGGGCGGAAAGCCUUUCGUUGAUAUGAAGGCGGGCUUUGACCACGUUCUCCUGAAAUAUCCCGAGAUUGAUCCUGAGCGUGCAGUCGCAUUGGGAGCGAGCUGGGGCGGCUUUGCCAUGAACUGGUUGCAGGGACAUCCUGAAUACGGAUUCAAAUUCAAAGCCCUGGUGUGCCAUGAUGGUAUUUUUGAUACGACUUCGAGUGCUCUGACCUCCGAUGUACCGAUUCUGUUCAACCACGACUUCGGUGGUGUUCCUUGGAGUGUUCAUGGCGCGGCUGUUCAUCGUAGAAACAACCCAGUACGAUUCGCGAGCAAGUGGUCGACGCCGAUGCUCAUUAUCCAUGGAACCUCCACCAUCAUGUCCAGCACUCACGAUGUGUUCACAGUGACCAGCGCAGUCUCGCUAGCGGGGGUGCUGUCUCUGUAUAUCAUUGCGUCGGUCGCUGCCAAUGCUCUUCUCCCCAAGAACGCGCCAUGGAUCAACCGAUUCACCUUUAUCUGGCUCGCAUUCGAUGGAAUGACCCAUUUUACAUUUGAAGGGUCUUUCCUUUAUCUUUCCACCUUUGGUCGUACAGUCAACUCGAGUGUUGGGCCGCUAGCGGACAUGUGGCGCGAAUAUGCGGCCGCUGACUUUCGUUGGGGGACCGCGGACCCUACUGUCGUCUCGCUAGAAAUAUUGACUGUUCUUGGCGCUGGCCCAAUGUGCUUUUAUAUUCUCAAGCAGCUCGUCUCUGACGACCCUGCGCGCCAUUAUUGGAUCGUCGUGCUCUCCACCGCGGAGCUGUACGGCGGGUGGAUGACAUUCUGUCCAGAGUGGGUUAGUGGGUCGCCCAACCUGGAUACUUCGAACGCACUAUUCCUUUGGGUCUACCUCUUCUUCCUUAAUGUCAUCUGGGUUGUCAUCCCCAUCGGUCUCAUGGUACAUUCGUAUGGCGAAAUCGCCAAGAGCCUGCGUGAGUCUCAGGCCGUAGCAAAGGCAAAAAAGGCGUAA